AUGUUAAUAAAGAAUCGUGCCGAGCGUUUGAAUUAUUUCAUAGGACAACAGGAUGGAGAAGGCAAAAUUUUUGAGCAGAUUGGUGAAAAGAAGACAACUGAUUUUGGUAUCAAAACACAAAAAGAUCAGAUACGACAGAGAAUACGCAUAGUAUUGCCACAUAUCGGCCUUGUCCUCCUUUCAACAGCUUACACAAUUCUCGGUGCUGCUAUCUUUCAUCAUUUUGAAAUGCCACAUGAAGUAUAUAUUCGUAACGAAACUGCUCGUCGAAUUGAAGCUUUAAAACAAAAAAUUAUCGACAAUUUAUGGAUGCUAGUACAUGUGAGAAACAGUACUGGAGAGGUGACAUUUGAAACCUGGUCUAAAACAGCACAUCUUGGUAUUAAUGAUGUAAUUCGUGAUGUGUUUAUUGAUUACACGAAAAAUUACAUGACACCCGACGACAUAAUCAAAGGUGCUGGACCGGUGAAAUGGUCAUUCGGUUCUAGUGUAUUUUUUUCAUGGACGGCUAUUACAACCAUUGGUUAUGGACAUAUAGUACCGAGAACCAAUGAAGGCCGGAUAGCGUGUCUUAUGUAUGCACUGUUAGGUAUUCCGUUAAUACUUGUCACCAUUGCUGAUAUCGGACGAUUUCUCUCGGGUAUUGAAAACUUUUCAUUCUAUCGUUUUUACCCAAUCCAAAUGUUACUGCGAAACUAUGCCCAAUUAUUACAUUAUUAUUUCGGUCAUUGGAUGUUGCAAAAAGAAAUUUAG